GUAGCCCCACUGCCAUGCUAACUGCUAACAGAAGAAGAUGCUACUUGGCUAAACUCCUUUAGAUCCUUGUUUUUAAAAGCGAUCAUGGUCUCGUUACCUUCACGACUGUUUGUGUUACACUCGGUAGCAGCUAACUACGCCAUUUACUUUAACGUAGUGCUGGUAACUAUCUGUCUGUGGAGUUAGCUAGUGAGCUUGCUAGCUGGUGUCUCCAUAAUGGACGCGUCCACAGCGACAGUCCAGGGUCUGAGGCGGUUUAUCAGCGAGAGACUGAACGCUGCUGCCGCGGAGAUACUCGGAGCUUGCGAGACGACCAUCGCAAAGUACGAGGGCGAGAUCGACCGUCAGCGAAGACUGUUGGAAGUCAUCUGGCAACCGGAAAUCAAGCUGCACAGAACAGGUCUAGAACAGGAGAGGAGCCAGAGUCUGGACCAGGAGGAGAGGAGCCAGAGUCUGGACCAGAAGGAGAGGAGCCAGAGUCUGGACCAGGAGGAGAGGAGCCAGAGUCUGGACCAGGAGGAGAGGAGCCAGAGUCUGGACCAGGAGGAGAGGAACCAGAGUCUAGACCAGAAGGAGAGGAGCCAGAGUCUUGACCAGGAGGAGAGGAGCCAGAGUCUGGACCAGGAGGAGAGGAACCAGAGUCUGGACCAGAAGGAGAGGAGCCAGAGUCUCGACCAGGAGGACCCAGAGCCUCCGGAGGUGAUAGAGGACCAGGAGGAGAUCUGCUCCAUUGAGGAAGGAGAGCAGCUUGUUCUGAAGCUGGAGGAGGAUGAGGAGGAUGAGGAGAACUUGCAGCUUGUUUCGAACAAGGGGCCUGAUCCGGAUAAGGUCUUGUUGAAUCCUACGUCCGAGGAGAGACCCCACAGGGAACCAGAACCAAACGAGGACCAGCUCCCCCCUCUCGACUCUCCUGCAGCCCAGAGCCAAGAUCUCAAUCAAAACACGCAUGAAAACUCAAGAUCAACUUCAGACAAGAUUCGUCACGUCCCCAAGAGGCGGGCAAAAAGCAAAAGGCAAAACCAGAACCUCACCGUGUCAAAGGUUUCCUCGAUUAGCUGCAGCGAUGAUUUUGAGUGCGACACGUGUGGCAAAGUCUUUCAAUGGAAGUCACGAUUGAUAAAACACGCCAAAGUCCACACGGACGACCAGCCGUUCUCCUGCAAAACAUGUGGGAAACUUUUCAAACACAAGCAAAGCGCGGCGUUCCACAUGAGAGCGCACACGGGCGAGAAACCUUUCUCCUGCAAAACGUGUGAGCGAAGUUUCGCGUGGGGCAGCAGCUUGAAGAUCCACAUGCGAACGCACACGGGAGAGAAACCCUUCUGUUGCAAGAUAUGUGGGAAAAGUUUCCGAUUUAGAGGAAGCUGGCGGGUGCACGUUAAAUCGCACGGGAAUGAAAGACCGUAUUCCUGCAAACCGUGUGGGAAGACUUUCACAUCCAAGGGUGGUUUGCAGUAUCACAUGAAAACCCACUCGGCCAAGAAGACGGACUCUUGUGCAGUUUGUGGAAAAACGUUAAGUAGCAUAGCGCAGCUAAAAUUGCAUAUGAGAAUCCACACGGGAGAGAAACCCUUCUCUUGUAAACCAUGUGGGAAAGAUUUCCGAUUUUCCAAUUCAUACAGAAGGCACAUGAGAACACAUUCGGAUGAGAAGCCACUGGUUUGUGACGUCAGUGGGAAGAGCUCUGGUCUGUUGUCAAACUUACAACAGCAUAAAAAUAUCCAAACUGACACAAAGCUACACACCUGCAGUACAUGCGGGGAAGACUUCAGAAUCGGGAGCGAAUCGGAAGCUCACAUCCGUAACGUGCACCCUGGUCAGAAACCAGUGUGAGGUUACAAAGAUAAAUAGACUUAUAAAAAAUAACACACAUUCUAACAUCACGUACUUGAAAAUACUUCUGGAUUUUUAUUCGCAAGAGAGACAUGCAACGUUUGGAAUUAUGUGUGGCCCUGUUAAAGGAAAAGAGUGAAUCAGGAUUCAGAAAAUCUGUGUUUUCUCAAUGUAACAUUCCCUACCAUGUAUGUAUAAUGCUUUUACUAUUUGUGUACUAAUGCGUCAGUGCUUUUGUACUUUAUUAAAGUUUCUUGAAUCAUGA